AUGCCUGAUAACUCAACAAUGGACGGGCUAUCAUCACCGGAAGCAGCAUAUAAAAUAGACAGUGGUGAUACUGCUUGGGUCAUGAUUUGUGCUUGUCUUGUAUUUUUAAUGUCACCCGCACUUGGAUUUUUUUAUGCUGGUCUUGCUCGUGCAAAAAAUGCACUUUCCUUAAUGUACUUAACUGUUCUUUCGGUCGCUGUAGUAUCAUUCCAGUGGUACCUUAUAGGUUAUUCUUUGACUUUCUCCGAAACUGGAACUAGUUUUAUUGGUGAUUCAACUCACUUUUUGUUAAGAGGUGUCGGAAUGAAACCAAUACCUGGCCAAACCAUCCCCGCUUCCGCUUUUAUGAUUUUCCAAAACAUGUUUGCUGCCCUAACACCAGCUCUUGCGUUUGGAUCGGCAGCUGAACGUAUGUCGUUUACGGUAAACUUUAACUUUUCUUUUAUGAAACUUAACUUGUUACUCACUGAUUUCACAGACGUCAUCACAUGUUGGCUUUGGAAUUCAAAUGGUUGGCUUUAUAAGCUUGGCUGUAUCGAUUAUGCUGGCGGUAUACCUGUACAUAUUUCAAGUGGGUUAGCAGCAGUUGCUUAUGCCAUGGUGCUUGGAAAACGUCGUGAUUAUAAUGAAAAUGUAAAUACUCCUCACAAUGUAUCAUUUGUCUUUCUCGGUUUAGCUCUCAUGUGGUUCGGUUGGUUCGCAUUUAAUGCCGGUAGCGCAUUAGCCGCCAAUGCUCGUAGUGUCAACUCACUUGUCUGCACUCAUCUUUCCGCGUGUACUGCUGCUGUGGUUUGGGUUCUUUUAGACUAUCGUCAAACGCGUAAAUGGAGUAUAAUCGGCCUUUGUACUGGUGCAGUCGCCGGUCUUGCUACCAUUACUCCUGGCUCCGGAUUUGUAUCACCUUCAAGCUCACUUGCAUUUGGUGCUAUUGGUGCCCUUAUUUGUUAUGUAGCAAUUCACUAUAAGCACAAAAUGAGAAUUGACGAUUGCCUCGAUGUAUUUGGUGUUCAUUACGUUGGUGGACUUGUAGGCCUGAUUUUGACAGGUAUCUUUGCUCAACAAGAUAUUAUUGCUCUUGGUUAUCCCGAAGGUACAUCUUAUGAUAUCAUUCCAAAAGGUGGUUGGUUAGAUGGCAACUGGAUGCUCGUACCUUACCAGCUUGCAGGAAUUGCUGCUGUUUCUGCUUGGUCCUUUGUAGUCACUUACAUCAUCUUACUUGUCAUCAAUAUGAUCCCAUCACUCUAUUUACGUUUAGCUGAUGAAGAUGAGAUUAUUGGUACUGAUUGGGCUGAAAUGGGUGAACGUGCUUAUGCCUACCUUCCCUUUGACGAAGAAAUCAACUCACGUAGCAGCAAUGAAGAUAAUUCAAACGUGGUGAUAGAUGCCCGUUCUCAAUCCAGUCGAAAUAAGAGUCCUCGUCUAAGCAAACUCAAAAAGCUAUUGAUGGUCGACCGAACAACUGUCAUUAAGGGAGUUCCUGAUUUAAUUGAGAAGCCAGUACUCGAUUAUGGUCAACAAAAAGAUUUAGGUGCAUACCCAUUAAACUCAUUUGCUAAACCGACUGGCGGAGAUCUUUUACAGAAGGCGCCUACCAAAGUCCAAGAAGAACAUCGGGAACAUGAACCUGUUGAAUUCAAUCACCAUCCCAUGUCUUAUAAUGACAGUAACAAAACUGUUCAUGUAGAAAAUGUUGCCUCUAUGCCAUCAGGUUCAAGCACAGGAAGUUCAGAAAAAUAA